GAGAAUAGAGCCAGAAAACAAGGCGCAAAACAUACGAGUGUCGUUCCCCCGUUCCGCUGUUCCGCCCUACCGCCGUUCUGCCGUGUCCGUUGUUCCGCGGCUCCAUUCUACCCGUUAUCCAUCGCCCGGCUAUGUGUUUAUGAAGUGCGUGAAUGAAGUGCCACAAAACGUUGCGGAAACCGUUUGCUGGCCCAUAAAUUGGCCAGCCUGUACGGAUACGCCUGCUGUGCUUCGCAGUGGCCCAAAGUCGCUGUCGAUGCCGUUGAUAAUGCGGUUGGCGCUGGCUGUGCCAGGAGCGGAGCUCGUGCCAGGCCGUAAUUGUCACACGAACGACACUCAAUGCGAUACCAACAAAAGCGGCAACAACAAAUCCAACAUUGCCACAACAAUAUAACAAGCAGCCAACCCAAGAAACAAAAAACAAAAACCAACAAAAGUAUUUGCCACCAGCACCACCGGACGGACCCAAAGCCAAGGCCAAGAACGGAACUUUGCGUCAUGAAACAACAGAAACAAUAGCUGCCACAACCACAGAAAUAUAAUUAACUAAAACCAGCAAGGACAGCAGCAAGUACCAGCGAGAAGAGAGCCCGAUCCGAAGAUGGUCCUAAGCACCGAAUGGUCACAGGUGGAGGUUAUCGAUCUGAUCAACGAUGGCAAUGGCCUCGGAUUCAUUCUGGUCGGUGGCCGCAGCACGGGCGUCGUGAUCAAGGCCUUGACGCCCGGCGGCGUUGCGGAGCGGGACGGGCGACUGCAGCUGGGCGAUCACCUGCUGCAGAUCGGGGAGGUGAAUCUGCGCGGCUUCAGCUCGGAGCAGGUGGCCACAGUUCUUCGUCAGACCGGAGCUCAGGUGCGUCUGAUUGUGGCGCGGCCGAUAGAGCCGACUGCCAUCGACUACCAAACGCUGGCCAGUCAUGCGCCAAUUAUACCAACUAAGCUCCUCUCCGACCCGGAAGAACUGUCGCGUCAUCUCUUCCAGAAUCCCAGCUUCUCCAUUGCGGCAGCUGUUGCGGCGGCUGCGGCUGCCUCUGGAACUGGAACUGGCGGCUCUGUGGAUGUCUCGAGUCUGGUGGGUCUGGUGCGGGGCGGACCAGCGGACGCGGACUCCGAUCUGGCCACAGCCGAGCCGCUGGCACACCUCCAGCUGGGCGAGCUGACGGACCUCGCCGACUUCCCCCUGCCGCCCAUACCGCCGCACAUGAUUGGCAGCCACAGCAGCGGAUCGAUGGACGCCAAUGGGCGACAGUGUCCGCGCGACCUGGACAUUGUGCCCUUCUCCAUACUCUCGCCGCCGCCGCGUCCCGCCCUGCAGCUAGCGCUGGAGCCGCGCUGGAGAACGAGGGACGGGCAGGAGGAGGAGGAGGAGGAGGAGGAGGAGCGGGACGAUCGGCAUAUUGAGACUGUGAUAGCCGGCAGCAAACUGUCGGCCGACGAGAAGGAGGAGGACAACGAUGACGACGAGAGGGACUCCGCCUCUGCCUCUGGCUCGCCCUCGUACAUGGACUCCCCGGAGACGGAGACCUACGUCGUGGAGCUGCACAAGAACGUCUACGGGCUGGGCAUUACCGUGGCCGGCUAUGUGUGCGAGGAGGAGGACCUGUCCGGCAUCUUCGUCAAGAGCAUCAUCGAGGGCAGCGCCGCAGAGACGAGCGGCCAGAUACAGAUCAACGAUCGCAUUGUCGCCGUCGACGGACGCUCCCUGUCCGGCGUGACGAACCACCAGGCCGUGGAGCUGCUGCGCAACACGGACAUCGAGGUGCACCUGACGCUGGAGCGUUUCCUGCGCGGUCGCAAGUUCGAGCACCUGCAGGUGGCCCUCACGCAGAUGAAGGGACGCAGCGCACCCUGCCCCGCGGACAACGAUGGCGACGGACAGUCGCAGCUGUCGAUGCCGGGCUCACCCUCGAUAGCCACGCUCAGCUGGCUGCCACCCAAGUCCCUCGAUGCCGAGUCGAUUGCCACCGAGGGUGAGGCGGAGGCAGCCGAUGAGGAUGAGCCGCCAGAGUUCGGCAAUCUCCCAGAUCUGCCCUCGCGGGACACCGUCGAGUCGAACAUGUCGCACGUGCUGGACCGCAGCGAUCACAGUGGACCCGCGACCAAAGCGCCCAGACUGCCCCCUCCGACUCUGACCAAUGGCCAGCUGACGCGGAGCAGAAGCCACGGCCUGCCAGCGGCGGCGGAUGACAGUGGCAACGACACCGACGAGCAGUGUCCAGAGCCCGGGGCGGACCACGACUUGGAGCCCGAUGCCGCACAGAGUCGAACGCCCACCAAUGAGCUAGUUGGAGCGGCUCCCAUGGGGGUCAAGGGUGAGACUGUGGCUGUGGCUGUGGCUGAGGCCAGUCCGAGUGCCGCCUCGCUGCGCGUGGCCUGGAAAAGUGAGUUUCCCGACAGUGAAAUUUUAGUUGCCGAAAUAAAUAAACUUUCAGGUCUAGGGAUCAGCCUCGAGGGCACCGUCGACGUCGAGUGCGGCAUUGAGAAGCGUCCGCAUCACUACAUACGCUCCAUACUCGAGGACGGUCCCGUCGGCCGUCAGGGCAUCCUGCGGCCCGGCGACGAGCUGCUCCAGGUCAACGAGCACAAGCUCCAGGGACUGCGACACAUCGAUGUGGUCAAGAUCCUCAAGGAGCUGCCCGCGCGCGUUAAGCUCGUGUGUGCGCGCGGCACACGGGUGCCCUCCGUCAUCAAUACGUCGCAGAAUGCGGAGGCCUUCGAGACGCGCAGUCUACUGCCCGGAGGCCAUCAGAGCCUGCAGAAUUUGCUCAGCAAGGCGCAGUCGGAGAGCUCCCUGUACACGUCCAGCACGGCGACGCUGACGGAUGCUGCUGGAGCGGGAGCUGGAGCUGGAGCGGGAGCGGGAGGCAAUGGCAGCCAGCAGCGCUCCAAGUCACUGGAGAACGUGUCCGGUUUGGCGCUGUGGAGCUGCGAGGUGACAGCCGUCGACAUUGAGAAGACGGAGCAGGGCUUUGGCUUCUCCAUACUCGACUACCAGGAUCCGCUCGACUCGGAGGGCAGUGUGAUUGUGAUACGCGGCCUGAUACGCGGUGGUGCUGCGGAGGCAACCAACGAGAUAUAUCCCGGCGAUCGUCUCAUGAGUGUCGGCGAACACCUGCUCCAAGGCCUCGAGCUGGACGAGGCCGUCUCCAUACUGAAGGCCAUGCCGCCGGGCCUCACGCGUCUCGGCAUCUGUCGGCCCCUGUCCACGUCGGACAGCAACAGCAACAGCAACAUAGCCUCACCGCUGGGCGACUCGGCCAGCACAUAGUGACAGUGGCCACUCCUCGCUGGACGCCCAGACAGAGAUCUAUUCUCAAUGUAUUAUAUGGCCCUUAUAUCAGCGAUGUGAAGGCAACAGAAACUAGAACCAGCAGCAGCAGCAGCAGCAGCAGAGGAACCCACAACAAAUUGAAAGCCCGCAACUAUGUAUCAAAGGGGGAGCACUGAGCAUCGGAGCAAUUUGUAUGUAGCUUAGUAUAUUCCAUGCCCACACACAUUACUAUUAAAUUAUAUAGAAACAAACAAACAUACUCGUACACACACACACAGAGAGAGAGAGAGAGAGAGAGAGAACUUCCCGAGCAAACGAGGAUGAAAACUAAAAAUGAAUAAAUAAAUAAAUAUAGCAUGGCACGGGUACGAUUCUAAGAUAUCACAGAUUGUUGUAUCAAUAAAUUAUUAAUAACAAUAACGAGCAGAGAGGCAGAGAGGCAGAGAGCAGAGAGGCUAUAAAAAAGUUGUCACCAUCAAAAGUUGGACAUCAACGAAGCCAGAAAAACAAUUUUCCAAAAGCAGCAACAAGAAUGGAAUGAAAUUUAUUCACACAAAAAUAUUGCAAAACAUUUUUCCAGUUUAGCAUGCAGAUGAGUAUGAGAAUGAGCAUGAUGAUAGGCGCCCUGGUAGUUGCUCUCACAUAUCCCCCCAAUGACAGUGUCCCCAAAUCCAACCCCAACCCCAACCCCAACCCCACCUCACACUGAGCCCGCUGUAAAUAUUCGAGAGAUUAUUUUGAUUGUCCUUUUCGGAUUUAUGUAGCAUAAAAUUUACAAUUCCUAGCAAGUAAACGAGUAAAUCAUUUAUAUAUAGAAAUGUAUGCAACUAGGAACUCUGUGGGGGCGGGCUGUGUCGAUGGGCGUGACUGUCACAGAUUGCUUUACUUAAGCCUAGGUUCUAAGUAGCUAAAACUCACAGACACACAAAACACUUCUCAGUUCUCCCACACUAAAGCAGAGAAAAACGAAACCAUUUUGAAAUUGUAUAAAAAGUGAAAAUUGAAAAUUGGAUAGAAUUCUUCGGGUUAGUCAUGUAGAUAUAUAACUACAUUUAUGGUGUAUAUGUAGAUACCACAAAAUGCUUUGCCUAUGCAUAAACUUACUUAUACAAUUGACGACCAAGCAAAAGUAAAACUUUAUAUUUAGCGGCAGGAUCUAACCUAAAACACACAACACACACACACACACACACACCACACUGAACUAAUGUAGACCAGAGAGCGAGAGAGGGAGAGAGAGAGGACACGCGAGUGAAAAGGCAGACAAAGGACACUUGACUUUCCUCCACACCCACUCCACCUCUGAUGAUAGAAAUUAUUAAAUAUAAAACAAAAGCUUGUUAGUGAUACUAAUUUUAAAUGAAUGAAAAAAAUAACAAAAAAAAACAAAACCAUGUUUGAUAAUACUUGGCGUUUACAUUGUUAUCGGAACUCUACAUAAAUUUCCUUUGUUACGAAAGCGAAUUCGAUUUCAUCUGUAAAUAGAGUUGCAUAUAUUUCCACACACACACACACAUCAAGUACGGUUAGGCUGCUUUAGCUAUUUAUAGGACAACUCGCCACACGAAAUACCAAUUAAGAUGCAUACACCCCAAGACAGUGCGUUUCAGAAAUGUAGGAGCAUGUAAAAAUGUAAAAAGUUCUUUGAGAUUUAGUGAUUCAAAUCGAUGACUGAAACUGCAUAAUAGAACAUCAAAGUUAUGUGAACAUUUUUUGAUAAGUGAAAUCAUAUUUUCAACAUUUUAAAACUAUUGGUUUCAGCUCUAAUUUGCAACUCAGUUUAAACAAAUAAUUUGCAGUAGUUCCUCAAAUGUUUCCACAACUAAGUACCAUAUCGAUUUCCGCAUGCUUCUUGCUCUGAAACGCACUGUACCUACAUGAAGCCAUGCAUACAUAGGAAACCACACACACACACACACAAUCAUGCACACACUCUCGCCAGAGGAGACUCUUUUGCAGCAUAAAAGUAAACAAGUUCCAAGCAAAUCUAACGAAAAAAAAAACAUAAAAACUACA